AUGACCAACAUCAUGCCGCUCGCGGAUGCUAUCGUUAACGGCCCGCCCCCGUCCUUCGUCCGCGAGGACGCUGGAGUCCUCGUCACGCUGGGCCGGUACUUCCCCAAGCUCAAGAUGGUCCCAGGUGGUCCGCAGAAGCUCUCCGAGCCGUUCUCGGAGUUCUUGAAGGACGCGGGCGUGACGGACCCAUUCAUCCGAAAUUGGAUGGACAUGUUCGCGUUCUUGCUGCAGGGCCUGCCUUCAUACGGGGCGCCGACCAGCAUGAUGGCGUACAUGAUGGCCGACAUGUACAAGAAGGGAGCCACGCUGGACUACCCGAAAGGCGGCAACGCGGGCAUGAUCGACGCCUUGGUGCGUGGAGUGGAGAAGCAUGCGGGCAGUCAGGUGCUGCUGAAGGCGCACGUGGAGGAGCUGCUGGUGGAGGGCGGCCGCGCUGCCGGGGUGCGGCUGCGGGACGGGCGCGUGUUCCGGGCGCGCGAGGCGGUCGUCAGCAACGCGGACUACAGGGUCACCAGAGGCUUCGUGCCCCCCGGCUCUGCCCCCGAGCUGGAGGAGCACCUCAGCACAGCCUGGUCGAAGUACCCAGAGCUUAAGUCGUUCAUCCACUUGCACCUCGGCUUCAAGGCGGAGGGCCUGCCCGCCGGGCACUGCAAGGAGUUCCCCGCGCAGUGGGGCGUCUUCGAGCACUGGGACGACCUGGAGGCGCCCCGCAACGCGGUGCUUGUGAGCUGCCCGUCCAUGCUGGACCCCGAGCUGGCCCCGCCAGGCUACCACUGCCUUCACGCCUACACGCCGGCCACUGAGCCGUGGGAGGACUGGAAGGACCUCAAGGAGGGCUCGGAGGAGUACCUCCGCAAGAAGGAGGACGCGAAGGAGUUCCUCCUGAGGGCCGUCGAGAAGCAGGUCCCCGACAUCCGCGAGCGGAUCGUGCUGGAGAUGGUGGGCACGCCGCUGACGCAUAGGCGCUUCCUGCGCAAGCCGUCGGGCACCUACGGGCCCAGGGUGACGGCGCCCGACAUGCUGCCUGGCCACAAGACGCCACUGGAGGGCUUCCACAUGUGCGGGGACAGCACCUUCCCGGGCAUCGGAGUCCCCGCGGUGGUGAUGAGCGGGCACAUCUGCGCGAACAACAUCCUCUCGCCGUGGGAGCAGCUGGCGGUGCUCGACCGCAUCAAGGACUGGGAGGCGGAGCUGACCAUAUGA